CAGAAGUUGGAAAUAAGUCCAUUGGUAGGCGUUCUCCCUUCACGCGCCGCUGAUUGGUCAAAGGGGGAGAGGGGGCGUGGCCAGCAAAGAGCAGGAAAGCGUUAUUUUACAAACUCGGGGGAGAGGAGAUCUGGUUGGAAGGAAGGGAGAAGGUACAGAUAGAACAAACUUUCACUGCCAGAAGAUGUUCAACUGCAACACGUCGGCGAUCAAAGAGGAACCAGGAGGAGACCUUGAUGCGAUCAAAGAAGAACCAGGAGAAGACCUUGAUGCGAUCAAAGAGGAACCAGGAGGAGACCUUAAUGCGAUCAAAGAAGAAUCAGGAGAAGACCUUAAUGCGAUCAAAGAAGAAUCAGGAGAAGACCUUGAUUCGAUCAAAGAGGAACCAGGAGAAGACCUUGAUGUCACCCCGGCUGGGAGAAGCGAUGAUGGACCCUGGGUCACUGCUGAGGAGAAGACCCCCCUGGAGGAGACUCUUGGCCACAAUGGACAGCCAGGGCCAUGCAAAAUACAACCGGCAGGAGAGGUCAAGGAGGUUGGCUCGGAAACCAAGCAGGGGCCACCCCUCCGGUGGGUGGUCAAGGAGGAGGGCAACGGAAACUCAAUGCUGCAUCCUCUUCCUCCCUCUUCCUCAGCCUUCUCUUCUGCAGGAUAAACAGUCCCAGUUCUUUAAGACGCUCCUCAUAGGGAUUCAUGGUCUCCAGACCUUUGAUCAUUUGUACAGAAUGCAAACUGAUAGGAUCGCAAAUCCGAUGAGGGUAGCAGAGUUUGUUUGGUAAAGGACGAUCGCUGGGCACGUAGAUAUUUUGCUUCCAUUAGAUGUUCACAGCUGAGAAAGAUGCAAGCAGGUUUCUUCUGAAAGAAUAACAAGACCCUGGACUCUACACAGAUAUAUAUUCUUUCCUUUCCUUACUUAGUUUAUCCAUACCUCACAACCUCUGAGGAUGCCUGCCAUAGAUGUGGGCGAAACGUCAGGAGAGAAUGCUUCUGGAACAUGGCCACACAGCCCGAAAGACAUACAACAACCCUGUGAUCCCGGCCAUGAAAGCCUUCGACAACACAAUAACAAGACUGUUUACUGAUAAUUUUGUGUAUUCAAAGAUACGGGCACUUUCCUUUCGUCAAGGGUUGAAAACUUCACAAACUUUUCAGAGAGUUUGUAUCAUUUGACUUCUAAACCUUGACAGUUUCUCCAUAAACAGUCAUGCUUUAUCUAGUUCCUUUUUAAUAAGAAUUUACUUCAGAAGAAAACAGAAUCCUCAAUGCUUUCGUAACUUCCUAACACUCUGACAGGCUCCUUCCCUCCAGCAUCCAAACCAACUGACUUCUCCAACUGCCAUCCCGUUUAAAAACCCGAACAUUCUAAACUGUCACUGAGCGGUCAUGUGACCUGCAGCCCCGCCUGCUGCUUUAGGAAUAUAGAGACAAGGUGAUUUAUUUAUCGUGUCAGAAGUGAAACGAGGGUACAAGUUGUAAUGUAUUUGGAAACACAAACAAAGUAAAAAAAAAUAUACUUUGCAUUAUACUAAAUGUUCUUUGACCAGUAGCUGGCCACUUGGUGUUGCUGUAAGAAGGUCUUCCAUUAUGGAUGUGGCAGGGCUCAGGCUGCAUUGUAAUAAGUGGUCUGUGGUUUGCUUUUCUCCACACUCGCAUGUCAUGGACUCCACUUUGUGGCCCCAUUUUGUACGGUUGGCUUUGCAUCUCGUGAUGCCAAAGCAGUCUGUUCAGCACCUUCCAAGUCGCCCAGUCUUCUGUGAACCCAGGAGGGAGUCUCGCAUCCGGCGUCAGCCACUGCUUGAGAUUCCAGGUUUUAGCCUGCCACUUUUGGACUCUCGCUUGCUGAGGUGUUCCUGCAACUAUCUCUGUAGAUCUUAGAAAACUAUUUCUUGAUUUAAGGCGUCGGCGUGCUGGCUGAUAUCCGAACAGAGGAUGGGCGGGAGAUGUCAACGCCUCGGUCCUUUCAUUAUUGGCUGUUACUUCCCAGCGGAUGUCAUGUGGUGCAAUGCCAGCUAAACAGUAUAAUUUCUGUGUUGUCGAAGGCUUUCAAUGGCCGGGAUCACAGGGUUGUUGUAUGUCUUUCGGGCUGUGUGGCCAUGUUCCAGAAGUAUUCUCUCCUGACGUUUCGCCCACAUCUAUGGCAGGCAUCCUCAGAGGUUGUGAGGCACCUAUGUGCCUGCCAUACAUGUGGGUGAAACGUCAGAAUACUUCUGGAACAUGGCCACACAGCCCGAAAGACAUACAACCCAGUAUAAUUUCUCCAGUGGUGUAGGGUGUAGAUAUCCUGUGAUAAUGUGGCAUGUCUCAUUAAGAGUCACAUCCACUGUUUUAAUGUGGUGAAAUGUGUUCCACACUGGGCAUGCGUACUUAGAAGCACAGUAGCAAAGUGCAAGGGCAGAUGUCUUCACUGUGUCUGGUUGUGAUACCCAGGUUGUGCCAGUCAGCCCACUUUUUGCUGGAUAGUCAAGCAGUGCUUCUUGUAAGUCAGAUCACAGUUCAGGGUUGUUGUUUUGUGUGUAUUAGGAUCGACUUGAGAAACUGCAAGUCACUUCUGGUGAGGUCUAUUGGAAACUAGGCAAGUGGGGUUUAUAUAUCUGUGGAAUGAUGUCCAGGGUGGGAGCAAAAACUCUUUGUAUGCUUUCGUAUGAUGUUAUUUCUAGCGUUCACUUUUUGCUUGAUAGUCAAGCAGUGCUUCUUAUAAGUCAGAUCACGGUCCAGGGUUCUUGUUGUUUUGUGUGUGUGUCUGUGUGUCAGGAGCGACUUGAGAAACUGCAAGUCGCUUCGGGUGUGAGAAAAUUGGCCAUCUGCAAGGACGUUGCCCAGGGGACAUUGCCCGGAUGUUUUGAUGUUUUUACCAUCCUUGUGGGAGGCUUCUCUCACGUCCCUGCAUUGAGCUGGAGCUGAUAGAGGGAGCUCAUCCAUGCUCUCUCCAGGUUACAUUCGAACCAGCAACCUUCCGGUCAGCAACCCAAUCUUCAAGUCAUCAGUCCUGCUGUCACAAGGGUUUAACCCAAUACGCCACUGGUCCAGAGUGACUCCCAGGUGUUUUGUUGUGCUGCAAUGCUCCAGUGGGAUUCCUUCCCAGGUCAUCCUCCGAGCUUGUAAUAAACAUUUAAGAAUUUUUA